AUGGUGUCCGUAAGGAGUUCUCAGCCCUGUCGUGCCGGAAGUUGCGACUGCGGACGCAUCUACGUGGCUAUCGCAAGGACCGUACGAACCACAGCUUUGCCUCUCUUUGAGAGAGCGUCCAUGGUGCCGCCAAUUGCGUCGGAGGCGGUGCUACUGGCCCUACCGCUCACCGGACGGUCAUGUCCAACGAUAACAGCACUCCACGAGUCUUCAGAGUGUCCACACAACCACCUUGACAUUUUGCUCGCUCGGUUGCCUGUGGGAUUUCGGUCGACAGAGUCACCCAUGCUCAUAUCUCGACCUACUCUAUCCACCAUCUACAUCUACAUCUACAAUGGCAACGGCAUACUAUCAACUAAGUCCGCCACCCGAGGAUGA